CUCUCCAUCUAUUGCCCCCUUCUCUCACUCCCCUUCCUCUGCUAUGCUCUGUCUCUGUUUCUCUCUGAUAGAGAAGAGAGAGAAGCAUUGUGUGGCAGUGGUAGUUGUAGCGAGGUACCUUUUCUUCGUCUGAGAGAGGUGGCUUUCAUCUUCUACCUUCCGCAAUUUCUUCUCCCUUUUGUUUUCUUCUCAGAUAGUACUAGCCAAUUCCAUCUAAAAUGGUCGAAGCCGAACCCAAAUUCUUCAUGCCGGACACAAUCCGAAGUGCGAGUUACGACCUCGCGGGACAGAUUAAGCUCAUAUGGGAAGUGGUCAAAACUCCAUUAAUUGUGCCACUUCUGAACCUUGGAGUCUACAUUUGCUUGGCAAUGUCUCUCAUGCUCUUCAUCGAGAGGCUGUAUAUGGGAGUCGUCAUCAUCCUCGUCAAGCUGUUCUGGAAAAAACCAGAACAGCGUUACAGAUACGAGCCUAUUCAAGACGAUGUUGAAUUGGGGUCCUCCAAUUUCCCAGUCGUUCUUGUCCAAAUCCCAAUGUUCAAUGAAAGAGAGGUUUACAAGGUCUCCAUUGGAGCAGCUUGCGGGCUUUCAUGGCCCUCGGACCGUCUGGUGAUCCAAGUCCUCGAUGAUUCUACUGACCCGGCUAUCAAGCAACUGGUGGAGCAAGAGUGCCUGAGAUGGGCAAGCAAAGGGGUAAACAUAACGUAUCAAAUACGGGAGAACAGAACUGGAUAUAAAGCCGGUGCGCUGAAAGAAGGGCUCAAGCGAAGCUACGUGAAACACUGCGAGUAUGUGGCCAUUUUCGACGCCGACUUCAGGCCGGAGCCGGACUUUCUCCGGCGAGCCAUUCCCUUCUUGGAUGGCAACCCCGACCUGGCUCUGGUUCAAGCACGCUGGAGAUUCGUGAAUUCGGACGAAUGUAUACUAACGAGAAUGCAAGAGAUGUCUCUGGAUUACCAUUUCACAGUGGAGCAAGAAGUUGGGUCAGCUACUCAUGCCUUCUUUGGCUUUAAUGGCACAGCAGGCGUUUGGAGAAUUGCUGCUAUCAAUGAAGCAGGAGGUUGGAAAGACAGGACAACUGUGGAAGACAUGGAUCUUGCAGUUCGUGCUAGCCUUAGAGGUUGGAAAUUUCUCUACCUUGGUGACCUCCAGGCAAAGAGUGAGCUUCCCAGUACAUUAAGGGCCUUCCGUUUUCAGCAACAUCGAUGGUCUUGUGGUCCUGCUAAUCUUUUCCGCAAAAUGGUGAUGGAGAUUGUCAGGAACAAGAAAGUGAAGUUUUGGAAGAAAGUGUAUGUGAUAUAUAGCUUCUUCUUUGUACGUAAAAUCAUAGCCCAUAUGGUGACCUUCUUCUUCUACUGUGUGGCGCUUCCCCUCACAAUUUUAGUCCCUGAGGUUCAUGUUCCAAUAUGGGGAGCUGUUUACAUUCCUUCCAUCAUCACCAUCCUCAAUUCAGUGGGAACUCCAAGGUCCAUUCACUUAUUGUUCUACUGGAUCCUCUUUGAGAAUGUCAUGUCUCUGCAUCGUACCAAAGCUACUUUUAUAGGUUUGCUGGAAGCUGGGAGAGCUAAUGAGUGGGUUGUCACUGCAAAACUUGGAGACUCCGUGAAUAAUAAGAACAAAGCAGAUGCUGUUAAGAACAAGAUAAAUGUCACCAAGCCUAUCAAAAAACCCCGACUCAAAUUAGCCGAAAGGUUUAAUUUACUAGAGCUGGGAUUUGCAGUCUUCCUCUUCUUUUGUGGAUGUUAUGAUUAUGUACAUGGGAAGAACAACUACUUUGUGUACCUCUUCCUUCAGACCAUAACAUUUUCCAUCGUUGGAUUUGGCUAUGUUGGCACCAUUGUGUGAAGCUCUUGAUCAGAGUCCGUCGGCAUCUCCAGAGCUGUAGUUUUAAGUUUUACAUGUGUCUCAAACAAAUGCAUAGAGGGUUGAUUUCUUUUAGAAACAAAUCUAUGCACCAAACCAUGAAUUAUUUUUUUGGCAAGAGAAGUUCUUCCCCAAGAUCCUAAGCUAUCAAAGUCAAGAAGAUUCUCAGAAAUCACAGACAGAUAUUACUAUUAUUGUUUCCAGAAAGCAUUACAUAGACCUGAGGCAAGGAAGAUGACCUUCCAAAAUGUGCUUCAUUAGAGUUUUUAGUUUAGUAGAUAAUGUCCUUUUGUUUCCAUAGAUUGUUCUAUGAGAAUUUGUACUUAUUUCAUGAUCCUCUAUAUAAGCUUUGGUUUUGGUCAAUUGGAGCCCUCGGAUCUGCUGGAUAAUAUAGGUGAACUUGAAAUGAAUUAUAUAAGUUUUGUUUUCAUCAUAUAUAUAGAUAUACCAUGCUCUCAAA